AGGGACCAGGACAGCGUCUGGAAUAAAAUCUUCCAAAGCAAACUUCGCCUGCGGAGACCCGCUCCCUUCCUCGCCCCCACAGAAACGCCCCCCGCCACCACCCCCUCCCCCGGCGUAGGCCUUCACGCUGUCGCCUCGACCCGUUUCCUCGAAUCCCCAGGGAAGGGUGGGCCCCUGGCGGCCCUACGGCCCGCCGCCCCCUUACCACCGCGGUCGGAGCCCGGGUCUCACUCUCCUGCCGCUGUUUCGGGCCACACCGUGUGUCCGUGCCUCCGCAAAGGAAUAGAAGAGUGGGUCCUCGCUCUCUGCGGCGCACCGCUUGUCCCUUGACUUCCUGUCCAUCUACAAAGCCUAUUUCAUGUUUUCCAGAAAGAAAACGUUUUCCGUGUCUCUUGAGUCCUCAUCGCCAUAUGCGGGGCCGGACCGAUCUAUGCAAAAGAUCGCAAGAGAAAACUGAUGGAGCAUCGCCCAUCAUGAGGCUGCUCUCCCGAUGGUCACUGAGUUGUGUUGUGGCACUGUCUUUGUACAAAGACACCAAUUUUUGCGAACGGUGCCACUCAUGAUUCAACGCUCUCAUGCCUCGGUCCCAGCUGCUGGAGCGCAGAUUUUCCCCCAAGGGUUAGAAGAUAGAAAACUCCUCGGUAAUUGGCCUAGAGGUGGUCUGCGAGGACGCCGGGAAGCUUGUAAUUGGCUGUUUAAUUCUCAGCAGGAUGUAAGUCAAAGAGUACAGCAGAAAAUGUCUACUGAACGGACUUCUUGGACAAGCCUGUCCACCAUUCAGAAAAUAGCCCUGGGCCUUGGGAUCCCAGCCAGUGCAACAGUUGCCUAUAUCCUAUACCGCAGGUAUAGGGAAAGCAGAGAAGAGCGGCUGACAUUUGUUGGGGAAGAUGACAUUGAGGUAGAGAUGCGGGUUCCCCAGGAGGCUGUGAAACUCAUCAUUGGCCGGCAAGGAGCCAAUAUUAAACAGCUGCGGAAACAGACAGGUGCUCGGAUUGAUGUGGACACAGAGGAUGUAGGCGAUGAGCGAGUGCUGCUUAUCAGUGGUUUUCCUGUUCAGGUGUGCAAGGCCAAAGCAGCAAUCCAUCAGAUCCUGACAGAGAAUACCCCAGUGUCUGAGCAGCUUUCAGUUCCCCAGAGAUCUGUGGGCAGAAUCAUAGGGAGAGGCGGCGAGACAAUUCGUUCUAUCUGUAAGGCCUCUGGAGCCAAAAUUACCUGUGACAAAGAAUCAGAAGGGACAUUACUACUAUCAAGACUUAUAAAAAUCUCAGGAACACAGAAGGAAGUGGCAGCAGCCAAGCAUUUGAUACUGGAGAAAGUUUCAGAAGAUGAAGAACUUCGGAAGAGAAUUGCUCAUUCUGCAGAAACCAGGGUCCCACGCAAACAGCCAAUCAGUGUGAGAAGAGAAGACGUGACAGAGCCAGGUGGAGCUGGAGAGCCAGCUUUAUGGAAAAACACCAGUUCUAGCAUGGAGCCGACUGCACCCCUGGUGACUCCUCCACCCAAAGGAGGAGGCGACAUGGCUGUGGUAGUGUCAAAGGAAGGUUCCUGGGAGAAACCUAGUGAUGACAGCUUUCAGAAGUCUGGAGCCCAGGCCAUCCCAGAGAUGUCCAUGUUUGAAAUCCCCAGUCCUGACUUCAGUUUUCAUGCUGAUGAGUACCUAGAAGUCUACGUUUCUGCUUCUGAGCACCCUAACCACUUCUGGAUCCAGAUCGUUGGCUCCCGCAGCCUGCAAUUGGAUAAGCUUGUCAAUGAGAUGACCCAGCACUAUGAGAAUAGUGUGCCUGAAGACUUGACUGUGCAUGUAGGAGACAUUGUAGCAGCACCUUUACCUACAAAUGGUUCCUGGUAUCGAGCCCGGGUCCUCGGCACCUUGGAGAAUGGGAACUUGGACCUCUAUUUUGUUGACUUUGGAGAUAAUGGAGAUUGCCCACUGAAGGACCUCAGGGCUCUCAGGAGUGACUUCCUAAGCCUUCCAUUUCAAGCAAUAGAAUGUAGUCUGGCACGGAUCGCUCCCUCAGGUGACCAGUGGGAAGAGGAAGCUUUGGAUGAGUUUGAUAGACUCACUCAUUGUGCUGACUGGAAGCCUCUGGUAGCCAAGAUCUCUAGCUAUGUCCAGACUGGGAUCUCAACUUGGCCAAAGAUCUACUUAUAUGAUACUAGCAAUGGGAAGAAACUUGAUAUUGGGCUAGAAUUAGUACACAAAGGAUACGCAAUUGAGCUUCCUGAAGACAUAGAAGAAAACAGAGCUGUCCCAGACAUGUUGAAGGACAUGGCCACAGAAACAGAUGCCUCUCUCAGCACGUUGCUCACUGAGACCAAAAAGAGCUCUGGAGAGAUAACACAUACCCUGUCCUGCCUCAGCUUAUCAGAAGCUGCUUCCAUGUCUGGUGAUGAUAACCUUGAAGAUGACUACUUACUCUGAAGUCUGAGCUUCAGCUUGCUCAGCCAUCUGCUUUGCUGUGAUUUGGCCUAGGAAUUGGUGCGUGGAGGAGAGGAGUGUAUGAUAAAGGAUCCAUGCAGUCCUUCCUUUAUUACACAUAUAGUCUGGCUUGCUGUGGACCAAAUUAAUAUUCUCCUCCCAUCAGACUACAAAAAAAUUGGACUACCACACUACAAGUGUGUCUCCCCCAUUCCACCUCCUGAUCCCUCCCCAACCCUCCAGUGUUUGAAUACUGCUGUGUUACUUCCAGGCCGUUCAACGUCAGGCUCAGUCCCCUCUACCAGUCAUGAUGCACAUUACUACUAGGCUGUAUCCUUUUCGAGGCUGGGAAACAGUCAGGCUUUCGUCAUUGGAAGUGAUUCUGCAGACUUCUGACUCACCUUAUCAGGUGACUCUGGUUAAGGAAAGCUUUUGAGUGGUGAACUCAAAGACUCCAGUUGAAUCAGGAGGCAAAGGCAAAAAUUAGCAUAAUUAUAUUUAAAAGCCUCAGGAAGUGGGAAGAGAAUACUGCCUCCCAGCCUCAAUUGCUGAUAUGUUAUUGGAGACAGGCUUUUGAAACUGCUCCAGCUAUUUCUCUGUAACCUUUAGUUAAAAUAGAAAGGAGACAGGAGGCUCAGGAAAUUUUCUAAAUUGCUAGUAUAAUAUCUAUAUGUAUACACACAUAUACACCCGUGGAGAGAGAGGAAGAGUAUACAGUCCUGUUUGAAUCAUUUGGAGGAUUUUUUUGCUGAAUAAAGUUCUCAAGAACAUUUUCUAAAACCAAAUUCUGAUUGAAUCACAAGGUGGAAGCAGGCUGUGAGCCUAAAUCUGGUGAAAACUACCAACUGCCUCACAGAAAGGAUCACAUCUAUGAAACAAGUGUCCCUCCCAUAUACACAUUCAUAUUCUUUCUCUAAAGUCACUUCAGAAAUAACCAUUCACUGGCUGGGCACGGUAGCUGACACCUGUAAUCCCAGUGCUUUGGGAGGCUAAGGCAGGCAGAUUACUUGAGGCCAACAUGGUGAAACCCUGUCUCUACUAAAAAUACAAAAAAUUAGCCAGGCAUGGUGGCAUGCACCUGUUGUCCCAGCUGCGUGGGAGGCUGAGGCAGGAGAAUUGCUUGAACCCGGGAGGUGGAGGUUGCAGUGAGCUGAGAUCGUGCCACUGCACUCCAGCCUGGGUGACAGAGACAGACUCUGUCUCAAAAAAAUACAAAAAUACAAAAUACAAAAAUUAGCUGGGCGUGGUGGCAGGCAUCUGUAAUCCCAGCUAUUUGGGAGGCUGAGGCACAAGAAUCACUUGAACCUGGGAAGCGGAGGUUGCAGUGAACCCAGAUUGCACCAACACACGACCUUGUCUCAUAAAAAAAAAUUCACUAGGAACCAGAACCAAUUUAGGUUUAGGCUGUGUGAGUAAGACCCCACCUAUACUAUUCAAAAGAAAAGGCCCAGAUUAAGAUUCUAGAAACCUGGAUUCUAGGAGCAGCUCUGGUAAGUAGCUCAUGUAGUCUUGGAGGAAUCUUUAAGGAGUAGAUCUCCACUGUAAACUUUUUGCAAAAUUUUAACGUGUUUCCUUAUAGCAUCUUUCUGACAGUACUGUGAGGCUCAAAUGAGAGGCUUGAAGUACUUGAGGUGCUUGAAAGUAAAUAUAAAUGUAUAGUAAUGUGGAUGGUAGAAAAAUGGCAAGUGAAUUUUUUUUAAGGAUAAAGCAAGAUAAACUAGAAAAUUUAAAACUAGCACAUAAGGAUGCCUUACACAGGUCUUUUUUUAAAAUUUAGGGAUUAGUAACGUCUACCUCUAUACUACAUGGCAACUAUAUUUUUUCACAACCACAAUUCUCAAAAUUUAUUUUCUCAGAAAAAAUCUCAGUAUUAGCCAGGCACCAGUGGCUCACACCUAUAAUCCCAACACUUUGGGAGGCCGAGGCGGGCAGAUUGCUUGAGCUCAGGAGUUCGAGACCAGCCUGGCACCAUGCUGAAACCCCAUCUCUACCAAAAAUACAAAAAAAUUAGCCAGGCGUGGUGGUGUGUGCCUGUGGUCCUAGCUACUUGAGAGGCUGAGGUGGGAGGAUCGCUUGAGCCCAGGGAAGCAGAGGUUGCAGUGAGUGAGCCAAGAUUGCACCACUCCACUCCAGCCCGUGUGACACAGCAAGAUGCUGUCUCCAAAAAAAGAAAAGAAAAAUCUCAGUCCCAAUUAGCAGAAAGGCUCUAGUGAAGGAACAGUUCUGGUGAGUAGUUCAGGUACUCUUGGAGGAAUCUUUAAGGAGCUUCCAUUUAUUUGAUGUUUCAGAUGUUGCCUGCAAUGAACUCGCUGAAGUAUGCUCAGCCCUGGAACUGGUGCUACCAGAGUUCCGUAGGGAACCUUUACUCUUUAGAGGUCCCUGAUAUAAAUCAUUCAUAAGACUUCCUACCCUGGAAAAUGAGUAAUGUCUCAUUCUUACCUGCAGUUUGUUACUAUGUAUAAAAGUCUUUUUCUUUAAUAUGCCUUUAAGUCUUACCUGUUUACAGCCCAUUCUGAUGGGUUCUUUGUCAUUCUUUUAGUAUAACCCAGUACUUGUCCUGCUGCCUGGAAUGCCCUCUUCUAUGUUACCUAUUCUGUCCGUUGAGAUCCCCCAACUUGGGCCAAAGCCAAGAGAUCUAUAUGCCUUCUCUGGUUUUCUCCACAUCUAUAGCACCUCAACUGAAAUAUAUGGAUAAAAACA